UUUCAUCCUUAUUUUGGAGUCCAUUCGUUGAGAUUGCAAAUUGGUAAAGUAAAAGGCAAUUGAGGAAUAUAUGAAUGUUAUGAGGGUAAGACGUGGAUUAAGGAAAGAAAAUUAUUUUAAAUGAAAGGAGAGGAAAGAACAUAACAAUAAUAUAUAAAUUGGAGAAAAAAAGAGCGAAGAAGUGAAGGAAGGCGUAGGUAGUAGAUUCCUCCAUCUCCUCCUCCUUUCCUUUGCGUCCGCCGUCCGACCAACAGUCCCUCGCGCAUCAAACCUACGAGCUCUUGCUCACUCAGUUCGAACAAGUUGCGUAGCGUCGUUUAUUCUCCAUUUGGCACUCCAAGUUGUGCAUCACGUUUUUCACGACUAGGUGUGUCUUGCAGCAACGUUUUUGGCUUGUGGGAUAUGGCUGAACGACAAUCACUUGACCAGCAACAUUCACUUGAUCCACAAUCACAAUCAUCACAAUCUCCAAGAGAAGAUAUGAUUGCAUAUGUGAUGGCCUUGGAAGCUGCUCUGCUUCCGUGCUUGCCUGCUAGAGAACUACAGGCAAUAGACCGUUCUCCUCACCCUUCUCAUCAAGUUGACGUGGAGAGACAUGCUAGGGAUUUCAUGGAGGCAGCUAAAAAGCUUCAAUUGUAUUUCAUUGGUUUACAGCGUGAGGAUCAACCAACCAAAGUGGAAACACUAAGAAAGGAGAUAUCUGCCAUUGAGGAGGAAUUAAAGGUAAAAAAUGACAUAAUCAAGAAACAGGAGAGGCUCAUUGAAGGAUGGAAGAAGGAUUUGAAAGAGCAGUUAGACAAACAUAACAAUGAGUUAGAGAAAGUUUAAUAGAAUAGGUUUGUGAUCCCAUGCUCUAUUGUUUAGUUGUUUGUAGAUCUUGUUAAUUACAUACUUUAACUGUGAAUGUAGGUGGGGGCUUAUUGACAAGUCUUGGUUAAUUACAUUCAUUGUGCGGUUAUGCCUAA